AUGCCAACGCUGGAUUCGCGGAGGCGGAGCAAGAGCUUUGACACCCAGUGGCAGAUUAUCUUCCAGAAGCUCGAGGCCUUCUACGGCACGGGUGCUGAGGUGGUGCUGUCCAAGUUGCCCAUCGGCAAUCUUGCGACGCAGUACUUUGCCGUCAGCGAUGUCGGACAGCGCUCCCUUGCAAGCAGGGUGCUUAAGCGGCCCAUCGCCGUCGCAGAUCGGCAGGCGGUCAAGGAUAUUAGAUAA